AAACUCCAGGAAUUACAGAGAUGGUUUAACGUCGUUGACCCAAGCUCAAAUUAUUCAUCGGCACUCAAGCUUCGUGAAGAUGGUACGGGGAAUUGGCUUCUCCGGGGACGCGAGUAUAUCGACUGGAAGGCAAGCAGAAGUGGGCUUCUCUGGCUUCACGGUAUACGUGAGUUUACACACUAGUGAAAUCUUAUGCCCCAAGGAAGGUCAUUAAUAUUUGUCUCUUAUAGCCGGAUGUGGAAAAAGUGUGCUCAGGUGCGAACUCAACUGGGUAUCCAAGAGUACAAUAUGAUUUCGUGAUUGCUAACUCUCUUUAGCGCUACUGUUGUUGAGGAUGUUGAAAAACUCUGCAACUCGAAAGACGAUCACGCCUUAGCAUAUUUCUACUUUACCUUCAGUGAUAGGGAGAAGCAAAAUUUGGAGAAUAUGCUUCGAUCCAUUAUUGGCCAACUUCCAAAACGGCCUUCGGAGCUGGGUUUGCCGGCCGAGGUUGUGGAUCUGUACAACAGCACCGGAGCAAUUAGAAAGUCGGCGAGUACCGAGGCUCUGGAAGAUGUACUGUUACACACUAUAAAGGGUUUCGAGAAGACAUUUAUCAUCUUAGAUGCCUUGGACGAGCUCCCGAAGGACGAGCGCGGAAGCCUCCUAUCUUGGAUUGGCGAGCUCAUGACGAACCACAAGAAGGUAUCACUUUCGAUCCUCGUCACUAGCCGUCUAGAGGCCGAUAUAGAGGGGUCACUAGAGCCACUCAACCCUUCUGAAAUAUCCCUACAACCUAGCACUAUCGAUCCGGAUAUCCGCGCAUAUAUUCAAAACUCUCUAGCCACAAUGGAUC